GGGACUUCUUUCCUACUCACUCUCUUCAAGAUAUUGAGUCAUUAGACUUCCGCCCAGUAAGCCACCGGGGUUUUGGCAUCCUCAAGGCUCCUCCAGGCAGACAAGCGAGUCCUCCAUCAGCGCCGAGAUAUCGACAGACUCCGUUCGUGGACUCACAUGACGAGAUGGAUAGGCGAUAAAUAAGACAUCAGCUUCAGAGGUAGGCGUUGAUUUCGUUAUGACAAGCUGCUGUGCAGAAGAUGUCCACGCUGUCUGUGACUGAUAUCCCAGAUGUUGGUCAUGAUGAGAAUAAGGUGUUUGAUGGGGCCUCUGAGCUGCAGCUGGACUGCAUGGUUGAGGAGAGCAGUGGAAGCGGCGCAAUGAAGCACGACGGCCUGCUGUUGCUGGCCGACCUGUCCCACCCAGACGACUUCCCCCCCGUCCUCCCUCAUAAUGGCCCUUCACUGACCGAGAUGAGCAGCCCUCUGGCGAUAGAACCAAGCGACAUAAAGCUUGAUCCAGCUUCAGGUGACACAUCUGCCAGCACAGAUGGUCAGCCAGUGAAGAGAAAGAAGGGGCCUGCUCCGAAGAUGCUUGGCAACGAGGUGUGCAGUGUAUGCGGUGACAAGGCCUCCGGUUUUCAUUACAAUGUGUUGAGCUGCGAGGGCUGCAAGGGCUUCUUUCGACGCAGCGUUAUUAAAAGUGCCCAGUACUCUUGCAAGAACAAUGGCCGCUGUGAAAUGGACAUGUACAUGCGCCGCAAGUGCCAGCAGUGUCGUCUGCGCAAGUGUCGGGAGGCGGGCAUGCUGGAGCAGUGUGUGCUGUCAGAGGAGCAAAUCAGACUGAAGAAGAUGAAGAAGCAGCACGAGGAGGAAACAGCCCGCACGUCCACAGUGGUCACCCCCACCCCUCUACAGGAAACUGCCGCACUGGAUCCACAGCAGCAGGAGAUGAUUGAGAAGCUGGUGGCCAUGCAAAAGCAAUGCAACAAGAGGUCUUUCCUCGACCGACCAAAAGUGACACCGUGGCCACAGAGUCAGGACUUGCAGAAUCGUGAAGUGCGUCAGCAGCGGUUCGCCCAUUUCACUGAACUAGCAAUCAUGUCGGUCCAGGAGAUUGUGGAUUUUGCGAAGCAGCUUCCUGGUUUCCUCGAGCUCACGAGGGAGGACCAGAUCGCUCUACUGAAGACUUCUACCAUUGAGAUUAUGUUGCUCGAGACAUCUCGGCGGUACAAUCCUGCUAUUGAUAGCAUUACGUUUUUGAAGGAUUUCAGCUAUAAUAAGGAGGAUUUCGCCAAAGCAGGUCUUCAGUUUGAGUUUAUCAAUCCCAUCUUUGAGUUCUCAAAAGGAAUGAACGACCUGCAUCUAGACGAGGCCGAGUACGCCCUGCUCAUUGCCAUCAACAUCUUUUCUGCAGAUCGGCCAAACGUGCAGGAUCAUGAUCUGGUUGAGAGGCUACAGCAACCUUAUGUGGACGCCCUGCGCUCUUAUAUCAUGAUAAAGAGACCAAAUGAUCACUUGAUGUUUCCCCGUAUGCUGAUGAAGCUGGUGAGCCUUCGUACACUAAGUAGUGUCCACUCGGAGCAGGUUUUUGCCCUUCGCCUCCAGGACAAGAAGCUUCCCCCGCUGCUCUCUGAAAUCUGGGAUGUCAACGAGUGACUGCAAACCUGAUGUCACGCACCGGUGGCUUUAUGAAGCCCGAGACAGACACGACAUCGAGCAGGGACACUGACUCCUUUUCUGCCCAUCUGGUCAGGGAUUGGUUAAAGCGUUGAAGUUUUUUUUGUUUGUUUGUUUGUUCCCUGGUGGGAGGAGAGCGUCAUUGCUCUUCGCUCUCAGACUGACUGCUAAAUGGUUUCGUGUUCAUAAGGAGAAACAUGAACACCUAGUUUUCUUUGAGCAUUUUUGUUCUUUUCGUGUAGAUGCUGACAUGAUUAUGGCGAUAUUAAAUACCAGCAUCCGGCUCUUUAGCCGGUUAUCUCUGAUUUAAUAUUUGUUUAAAGUUAUGUCGAUCUCUAAUGCGGUUCUAUACUCAUCCUCUUAAGAAUUAUAAUGAGAAAUUUCUGUGCAGGUCUUGUCUGCGGCUGUGUCAAACAUUAGAAUGACAGCUGCAUAUUGAGUUGAAAUAGUGAUUUUUGCAGUCAUGCAACAGGAGGAGAUGGAUAAGCAUGAGUGGACCCAUAUUCACUUUAUUGAUGUUAGGGGUUGGACGGUAGGCCAUCUGGUUUGUAUUGUGCAUUGUGGUAUGGCAACACAUAGUUUGUGUUCAUGGUGGAAUAAGUGCAGAAAAGGUUGGUGUAGUCGCUCAGGUAAAGUAAUGUGAAGUAGACCUCUGGGAAUUGGAGGCUUCUUUAAUUUCUAUUAGAUGACUUCUUCCAUUUUGCAUAAGGGACCCUUUUGGUCAUUUAUAGAUGCCCAUUAACGUUCAUGUAAAUUGUAUAUUUAUUUUCACGAGAAAUCUGUAUAGCGUGCACACAUAAAGCUUAUCCACGAGAUUGUACAAUCACAUACUAACGCACAAGAAAGUGAACCUCUGCAGGUGACUGGCAGACUGCGCCCUCAUUUAUAGGAAAUGGUGAUGUGACUAAAUAUCUUUUUUUUAAUUAUUAUUAUUUUUUUAUUUACUGGCUGGCACUGGUACCUUUUUGAAAAAGAAGGUGGUGUCUUCAAAUUCCAUGUAAAGAUUAAACUAUCACCUGUGCCCCUCCUUUUGAAUGAAUAAAAACCCAUCCAGACAAAGUUGUACUCUUAAAUCAAAUUAGAAAGAUUGUCUCAUUCACAUCUUAUCCGUCUGUGACAUGUCCUUUUGAUUAAUUUCAUUUCAAAGCAGCACAGUUAUUUUUUAUAUUUUUUGUUCUUUAAUAAGCAUUUUAAAGGUGACAGAUAUGUAUAAGUAACAUACAUGUAGUCUGGACAGGAUGUAGAGAUGUCACAGCCUUUUAUUUUUGAUAAUAUACUGUAUGAAUGAGACUGAGGAAAAGCUGUAUAGAUGAAUAUCCGGUGGAAAACUUAACUUGAUUUAAAAGUCCACCAUAGUCCAGAGUUUUAACAAGUCCACAACAACAACAGCUUUAACUGGUCAGACUCUGGAAAGCCUCACAAAAAAAAAAAAAGCAAACCAAAAUCUUUAUUAACAGGGAGCAGAGAACGACAGGAAAUGACACAUUAACAUUGUAUGUUAUGACAAACUUAAGAGAUUUAGAUGUUUAUAUUCAUGUUGUGUUUUCCAUGCAUUUUCCUGUGCAGUGUAAACUUGAAAUGCGUUCAUGGAUGAUAAAGUAACGUCGAUGCAAAUUCAGAAUUGUGACGUUUUAUUCUCUCUUCAUGCUCUGAGGGCUGAAAACUGGACGACACAAUGCCACUGCAGCCCUGUUUUUGUUUUUUUAAUUUAAGAAAUUAAAAUCAGGCAUUUACACAUGAUUGUAAUUCUUUAAACCCUUCUCAGUUGCAAUUUCUUGGCUUUUAAUUAAUAAAAUUUUAUUUAACAGCUUACAUGUUACAUGAUUCUUCACAUAAACACUGAUAUACUUUGGAUUCCUUCACAUUUAGAUGAAAGCACUCACUCAGUUAUGGAUCUAAUGUGUUUUUGUAUUUCUGUGUUGCACUUGUUUUUUUUUUUUUGUUUUUUUUCAUACUUCAUCCACCACCAUGUCUGUAUUGCGUAAUGUUUUUGUUAAAAUGAAUCACCUGCUAUGGAUCUCCCAGAUGGUCGAACCAUGUUUUUAAAAAACAAGUCAUGUUUCACAACAGACAUUUUGCCUUGUCACAGUAGGAAAAGCACAAUAACACCUAACACUUUAUUAUUAUUAUUAUUAUUAUUAUUAUUAUUUUAAAGGUCCAGUGUGUAAGAUUUAAGAGGCUUUCUUUUUCAGGACUUUCUUUACUGGACUAUGUUUUCAUUAUAAUCCCCUGAAUAUGAAAAGUUUUACAGUAGCUCAUAACGGAUAAACCACUGGCUCCAAUAUAUCUCUUAUGUUUGUUUUUAUUAUUUUUUAUUCUUCGCAUGUAGUUUCUCCCUCACGUUGGAAAAGGAAAUCCUACACGCUGGACCUUUUUAAUGUCUCGAUUGCAUUCUAGUGUCACAGUAAGAUGUGGAGGCAGUUAGCCACCAUGCACAACAGCAGAAACGUUAUUAAUUGUAUUAUUUACACAUGCUUCUCCUAUUGUGACAUGUUAAACGAUCUUACAUGAUUGCACAGAAGAAGGGGUACAACAGUACUAAUGGUAAAAUUAUAAACUGGUAAGUUUAAUACUGAGGCUGUAUUUGCCAUUCAUUUCAUGAUGUAUUGAUGAAAUUAUUACAAUUUUUUUUAUGUUUCAUUGUGUUGAUUAAAUGAUCUAACUGGAGCAGUAGACUAUAAUUUACAGCUCCUGCCUGGUGCAUCUUUGACCUGGCUCGAUAAACACUGGUGUGACCUCUUAUACCAUAAGAUAAAAGACAACACACAGUGAGCUCCACCUGUUGGUUGGUUGGUUGAAUGAAUACAAACAAAUGGAUGUUUUUCUUCCACUUUCUUCAUUGUGUUAACAGUGGUACAGUAUGUUCUUGAGUCUGCAGGAUCAUCACAGAAACAAUAGCAAGCCAGGGUGUUUUUCUUCCUUUCCCCCGACAAAAAAA